GAUACUUCGAUGCAAGUGUGGCCACGAUUUACCAACCAACCUUUCCACUCUACAAACUUGUCCAUUCUAUUUUUCAAGAAUCAAUGCCCGCAAACUGAUUUGUGGAGGUUCAACAGUCUUUUGUUGGGCUAGUGUGGUUUUGCUCCUAAGUUUGUAGUUACUGAUAUUGAUCCAUUCUCUAUCAUUUAUUUAUUAGAUAUAAUAGCUAAUUAGUUUUCGUAUUGUUUUUUGGCAUUGCCCACCAAUGAACAUAAACACAUACAUUUUGUUCCAUUGGUUUUUUUCCAGUCUUCCAGAAACAUGGUUAUGGUUUCUGAUAACUCUGUUGCUUCCAAAAGAUGAUCUUUUCCUAAUUUUAGAGAAGUUAUUGUGACUGGUGUUUAUGGAUGAUAAAUAUUUGCUCUCACUAUUCUUACAGGUCACCAAACCUUCAAGUUCUCUCUAUCAAGAGCUGUCCACAUGUAACUGAUGAAACAAUGUCUAAGAUAGCCUCUGGUUGCCCUUUGCUUAAGGAACUUGACAUCAGCUUCUGCUAUCAAAUAUCUCACAAGUGUCUAGCUCUUAUCGGACAACAAUGUCCUAAUUUGCGGAUUCUGAGGCGACAUCUCAUGACUCGGUUUAAUCCUUCCCAACAAGAACCCUUUCUCCCGAGGGAGUAUCUAGAUACUUGUCCUCAAGAUGGCGAUUCAGAAGCUGUUGCGAUUGGGAAAUUCAUGCCACAACUCGUGCAACUUGAAAUUCGGUUCUCUAAGUUGACUAAUAAAGGUCUAGCUUUGAUAUCUGAAGGGUGUAUAAACCUCGAGCAUCUGGAUCUAUUUGGGUGUAUGAAUGUUACUAGCCGGGAUAUUUCAAAUGCCUCGUCAAAUCUGAAGCAGUUGAAAACCUUGAAAAAGCCUCAUCACUGCACCUUGAUGUUGGAAUCUAACACUGAGAGGUAUGGGCUCUGGCAACUGUAUGAUGAACGUUUCCAGACAGACUUCUUCCGGAUUUAAUGUUUCUUCCUGAGUUAAUCAGGGAAAAAUGUGUGGUACAUCGUUCUUUAAAUGCCUGUAUAUCGUGUUUUCUAAUUGUGUACUAAAUGGGGUUAUGGUUAAAGACUUAAAGUAGAAGAUGCUCCAGUCAAGUUGAUCUAGAUGCCUUGUUACAGGUUCACGUGGACCCAAUAGCUUUUGGCCAGACUUUGUACAAGGUUUACUAAAUAUUUAUAAAUAUUUGAUGGUGAAUUUAGUUAUUAUUAUAUUAACUUGAAAUUGAUGUAGGAACUCAAUAAUUUCAAACCCUGGAUCCGUUUCUGGCUCCAGUUUAACACUUUUGAUUACUUAGUAGAAAUGUGUA